GCCUCACUACCGAAUGGUCUUGAAGUCAAUGUCAUUGAUACACCUGGUAGGUGUUUGUGCUAUUUUGGUUAUUCACACUAUCCACACUUGCUGAAAACAUACAUUGAUAUUAAUGCUUCUUGCAGGUCUGUAUAGUGCUUCCUCGACAAUAGAAUUUACCAGCAGAGAAAUCGUUAGAUGCUUAUGUCUAGCUAAAGAUGGAAUCGACGCGGUGCUUCUGGUUUUCUCUUUGAGGGCUCGGUUAACAGAUGAGGAACAAUCAACACUUCGAACUUUAAAGAUCCUUUUCGGUAGUCAAAUCGUAGACCAUAUGAUUGUUGUUUUCACCAAUGGAGAUGCACUUGAUGAAGGAGAAACUCUGGAUGAUUAUUUGGAAGAUUGUCCUGAGUUCCAAGAAAUUCUCAAGGAAUGUGGUGACCAUAAGCUGUUGUUUGAUAAUGGCCGUGAUAUCCCUGAAAGAAAGAAAGACAAGCAAGUCCAAGAUCUUCUUAAACUAGUCGAGCGGAUCUCAAAGAGAAACAAUGGGAUAUCAUAUAUGGCUGACUUAUCACUUGAACUAAGGGAGAAUGAGGCCACAUUCCAGCAAAAGAAGAAGAAGAUUGAAGCAAUGAAGAAUGGUUUAUCUUCUAAAGAAGAGACAUCUCUGUUAAAGGAGUUCGAGAAAUCAUAUAAGAAAAUGCUUAAGGAAACCGAAGAGAAGGUCUCUAAUCAGUUAAAGGAAUCUUUGAGGGAGGUGAGGGAGCAACUAUCGAAGGCAGAGGCUAAAAGAGAAGAAGCCGAGAAAAAGAUGAACGAAAACCACAAACUAUCGGCUGAUGAGAUUAUGCAGUUGAGAGAAGAUCUCGCGAAAGCUAAGGUAGAGAGAGAUGACUUGCGUGCCAAAAUUAACGAGAAAAAGUGCGCUAUUAUGUGA